UUCGCGACUCCAUCUAUCGUGCACCUAUCUUCCAUAGCAGCGCAUGACGCGAGUGCAGCGCAACAGGUAGCCAACAUGGUCCGUGAGGACCUCAUCACGUCGGCGGUGUCUUUUCUCCAGGACCCGUCAGUAGCCAGCGCACCAGUCGAGAAGCGCAUUGCCUUCCUGCAGUCCAAGAACCUCACACAGGAAGAGGUUGACGUCUCGCUCGCCCGCGCCGCAUCAGACGACCCUAGCCAGCCAGCGCCGCCAGCACCGCAGUACUCCUCUCCACCCAGCAAUGCAUACCGCCCACCGCCCUCGGCCCCAGGGUACGGCGGCGGCUACCCUCCACAGUACUGGCCGCAGCCGCCAGCACCAGAACCACCGAAGCGCGACUGGCGCGAUUACUUCAUCAUGGCGACGGUCAUGGGCGGUGUAGGCUACGGCCUCUACUUUACCGCAAAACGCUACAUCCUCCCCAUCAUCUCCCCUCCCACCGCCCCACAGCUCGAACAAGACAAGGCUUCUAUCGAAGAAUCCUUCAAGCGCGCUUUCGACCUGCUCGAACAACUCGAUACCGAUACCAAAGCCCUCAAAGCUAGCGAAGAAGCCCGCACAGAGCGCCUCGACAACGCACUGGGCGAAGUGGAGAGCGUCUUGGCGAGCCUGAAGGAGAGCAGCAAGAGGCAAGGCGACGACAACAGGAGGAUCGAAGAUGACGUUAGGGGAUUGAGGGAUCUGAUCCCCAAGGCGCUAGAUGUGCAGAAAGAAGCCAACGACAACAGGCUCAAGGAGCUGUCCACCGAAUUGAAGAGCCUGAAGACACUAGUCAGCAACCGUAUGAGUGCGCCGCCCGCCCCUCGCGCAGCUUCGACACCGUACUACGGCAUCCAGAACCAGAGCCAGCAAAGCCAAACCCCCGCGCCUACAAACGGCACAAGCACACCUGCCGCGCCACCAGCGCCUCAGCCGUCACCGAGCGGGCAGACCAACGGAUCGACGAGCACUGACGCCCAGGCCAGCCCCGCGAUGCCGGGCGGUGCGAGCACAGGCGCUGCGAACGGCACAGCAUCAUCGGCAUCCACGCCGGCAGCCGAGAAGCCAGUGCAGUCAUGGCGGGGGACACAAGGUCGCGCAGCGAUUCCGGCGUGGCAGAUGGCGGCCGCGAAGAAGAACGAGGAGGCUAAGAAGGACACAUCCGAGAGCGGGACUGUGGAGGCUAGCCCGCGUUCUUAGGAGACUUGGGGUGCUAAAGGAGAGGCACACAAGGACAUGACCUGGGUCUUGGCUGACGCAUGGGAUUGGAAUGGGCCCAGGGUACGAAAACUCUUGUAAUGUUGUUCGCAUCAGUUCGCAGGGCGUUGGGCUUUGUAUACAUGUAUUAGUCUUAUCCAAGCGAUACGCUGUGCUAUGGAUACGCU